AUGAGCGAUGCCGAGGAUGAGUGGCACGAUGCGCUGUCGGAAAUCGACCUGGCCGAGGCGCUGCAGGGGUGGGAGGAGGAGGGCCGGUGGCACGACGAGAGCGUGGAUGAGGCCAUCCAGGUGCUGAAAGCGCACGGCCACCUGCUGCCAGCCGACCUGGAGGCGGCGGCCAAGCAGGACAUGGCGGCGGAGCAGCUGGCGGCGGUGCUGGAGGGCGCGCCGCGGGUGACCGUGGCGGCGGUGCCGGCCCUCAAGCUGAAGCGCUCGCGGUCGCAGCACCUGCGCUCCUCGCUGGACGCGCCCGGCGCCCGGCAGCUCCUGCAGCAGGCUGCGCAGCUGGCGGCGGACGGCCGCGUGCUGGGGGCGGCCGCCACGCUGCACCAGCUCGCCGAGCUGGUGGGCGGCAGCGUGGAGGAGCUGGCGGCGCUGCCCGACGACGCGCUGGCCGCGGCGACGCCAGCUGGCGCCAGCCUGGACGUGGCACGCGUGCUGGCGGACGCCUCGGCCGCCCGGGAGGCGCUGCGGGCACUGGAGGACCACAAGGGGUGGAUGGUGUCCCGCGACGACGCGCUCAAGGUCCACUACCGCCACCAGCGCGGCACCACGGUGCACAGGCAAGCCGCCGGCCGCGCCCGCCCGCCGCGUGCUGCCGCGCGCCUCAAGUUCUCCGCCGUGUUUGCCCACCCGCUGGAGCACCUGCUGGCGCUGGCGCACGAGUUCGACCUGGUGGUCACGUGGAACAAGUUCAGCCUGGCCAGCAUCAUGCUUGCCGAGCCCUCCAUCUUUGAGUCGUACCUGUAUGGGGCGCAGUGGAUGAUGAAGCCGUUCAAGAACAUGCAGGCGCUGCUGCGGGCGCGCGGGUUUGACCUGGCGCAGGAGCACCGCUGCCUGCUGGUCAGCAUAGGGGACUGCUCGCCGGAGGAGCUGCCGCAGGGGCAUGUGCCGCUACCCAAGGAGUGGGCCAAGCGCAAGCUCAUCAACUUCCUGGCGGGAUCCUGCCUCAAGCUCAGGCCGCUGGCGCCGUCUGCCGACGGCGCGCCGCGCACCGAGGGCAGCCUGCUGAUCCAUUUGGACCCCCACAUCCCCUUCAUCCCCGCCUUCCUCCUGAACUUUGUGCUGGGCGUGCUGGCGCCCUACAUCUUCAACCAGAUGAAGAAAGUGCUGGACGGCUCGUUUGCCGACCCGCAGGGCGAGUACAGCCGCCGCAUCGCGGCGCAGCCCCAGCUGUACGGCCUGGUGCGCCGCCGCAUGGCCGAGUACGAGGGGGAGCUGGAGGCGGAGGCGGAGGCGGAGGUGUUGUGA